GCCAGUAACAGCCCAUCACCUCCAACUCCACCUACCGGGACAUCAUUCAGUGGCGAUAGCUUCCUGAACACUCCCGUAGUUCCAGGUGACAUCUUUGAGGACAGCAACGACCAGGCCGAGAAGAAGGAGGGGGGCGCAGAAGGCACCAAACAAUCACCGAUGCUCGGAUCGUUCAGCUUCUUAGACGGUGGAUAUUACAACCCGAACGUGAACAUCAACGAUGUGAAAGCUGCCCUUUUGCGCCAGCAACAGAACGAUAUCCAGCAGCAGCAGCAGCAACAACAGCAACAACAACAACAACAACAACAACAACAACAGCAAACUAUUAAUGAACUGCUGGAUGCUGGUAAUGCGGAGGCGCACGGUGACGAAGAAAAUGAGUUCGAUGAAAACUCACUCGACUCUAGCUUGAUGUUGAACCGGGCAACCGGAACUGGUAGCAGCCAGCAGCUGCAAUCCCAGCAGCAGCAACAACAGCAGCAGCAGCAGCAAGAUCAACAGCAACAAUUAUCGAAGUUCGUCAGUAAUGAUCUAGAUAUGUCCCGUCUUAAUACGGUAGCCGAGUAUGGACAGCACAUUGACACGGUACAGAACGAUCUGGAGUCACUGAGGGAGCUGCUCAAGGGCGAAGGAUAUCAGCUGGAUGCAAACACACUGCUUGGGACGGCAGGCUCGACGGCACCUCCGUACGGUCGAGUAUACUUCCCGUCGUGCCCGUUCGAUCAGGAUACCAUCAAUAAGCUAUUCAACAACAACGAAGAAAUGCUUGGUUACGAUUUCCCGAUGAACCUACCGGACAUGAUGACUGACGAGCAGCAGUUGCAACAGCUUAGCGGGGCCGCCGGUAGUAGCAGCAACAGCAACAGCAACGAAAAGUCAAAUACCUGCAGCAGCCCAACACCCGGAGGAGGAGACCUAUCAGCGUUACAAACGCAACUAAUGGCCUACAAGCUGGGUAUGAAUGGUGGUAGUCCACCGCUCGGGCUGAUGAAUGGCAUCAUCGGUGGUGGCGGAAACUUCAACGGCAAUGGAAGCAGUUUAUAUGGUCCACUGCACGGCAAUGGAAACGGUGCUCUCCUCGGUGGCAAUGGUCUGAUAGGACCGGACGGAACCAUUGUAACCGGAGAUUACGUCGAUCUGAAUGAACUGCUAAACAUGGACGGACACGGAAGCUAUCAUGAUGAUGACAACUCGCUGGCCGCAUAAUCUUGCUCGUCAUAUCAAGCAAAGCUUCGAUUUGGCUACAACGAGCGAGCCAACAUUCUCAACAAUACACAUACGCGCACAUCCCUCUGCUCGAAAGCCACAGAAGCCCGGACGUAACAACGAAACCACCCGCCCCGAAGGAGAUAGAAGGUAGAUCAUUUGCACCAGAAAACAUGAUAGUAGCAGGGCCUGGUUGUGGCAGGAAUGGUUACUCCCAGCGGAAGCAGGGACAGCUUUCCCUUUUUCAUUAGUCGGUCCACCGCUUGAGCAGAUACGUUUAGGAUGAUAUGUCCUGUACCUUUGGUUAUCUUUUGCGAUGAAAUAAUGGCGAGGGUGGAUAGAAGAGUCCCCCCCAUUUCUAAGUGUUAGGGGAAAUAACUUGUUGCUGUACUUUAAGAGUAUCGCUGCAAUCUUUUAAUGUAAGGAUUUUGUUAUGUGUUACUUUAAUCGUGGAAAACACAUGUAACCCAAUAGGAGGGUCUGUUGUUGGUCACCUUUGCUUUACAGUAUAAAAUUUAGUGGUUACUUUUUUGUAGGUCACCGUCGACCGCUCACAACAGCAAAAAAAAAGCAAACGAACGAACAGAAAGGAAAAAACCAAUAACGAUGGAAUCAGCAUGUAUUGUACUGCAGAGCUGUAGAGCGCAUUAUGAAGGACCAUACUUAUUCCACGUGUUUAACCAUCUUUGUAGUAUCGGAUACUUUUGAAAUCGUGCUUGGUUAUGCUCUGGAUUGUUUUCAUAAAGCGAGGAAUCUUUUCUGAGAAUUGCUAUGCGGCGAAGUGUGUACAUAAAGCUGUAUGUAGGCUGUCGAGAUUGAUGAAUGGAAGAGUAAAUACAAUUCAUGAAAACGCGUACCUGAAAGAGGCACUAGGUGUGAAUCAAGGACCGCGGUUAUUUGCAACAACCGUGGAAACGCUCUCCAAUUUACUGUUUCAAACCAUGUUCAAUUUCUAGCAGCACAAAUUAUCAUUCUUUAUCUACUCUUCCUGAUUUGACAGGUUUUUGUUUGAUUGUUUUGUUGCAAUGGCGUUGAAUGCUUCCCCAUUGCAAAUUGAAUUUCGUAUGAUUUAGUACGAAUAAUGAAUUAAUAAUUGCUGUUGCAUUUCCUCAUUUUCUUACGUUUGUUUUCCUUCGCGUUAUCGUUCUCAAUUCAGUAACAGUCAUACUUUUUUUUUAAUCAAAUAAUAUCUCCAAGCAAUCACAAAGAUGUCGUUCUAUGCAGCAAGAAGAAACAAAAACAACUAAAACAAACAUAAAACUAUCGUAAAAAGGAUAUUCAAUUUCAAAACUAUAUAUCCCUCCAAUUAGUUUGCUGGUAUAAUUAAUGUAGAAAUGUGCGAAAAGAAGCGAAAAGUGGAAAACAAAACCCGGGGGCAAGAUGGAUGUUACCACGAAAUCUAUGCAUAAACAUGCUUAUCAUUUGUUAUAGGUUUGUGUUUUUGAGUGUGUUUGCUGCUUUUCCGAUGCGUCCUCUGUUCACAUCCAAGAGCAUUAAAACAUUCAGAGUUACAUCUUGACAUCGAAAGAUAGGUUGAUUUUUUUUGAUAACUGAUUAUUGGCGCUCGAUAGUUUUGGCCGCGUGAGUGUUUUCCAUCCGUGUUUCACCCGGUAGAUGUGCACGCUUGUACGUGUGGGCGUGUACUGCAUUUGGAACUCGUUGAAAAACCAGCCAUUCUACUGGUGCAAUCUCCCUAUCGGAUCCCAUGCUAUUAUUACCGUUUUCGUUCUCUACCCUUCUAUUUCGGGCGCAAGGCUACGACAGGUAGCGGCAAUUUUCCUGUAUUUAGCGAUAGCUAGAUUUAUCAUGCGUGUUUUUUUCUGUUUUACCCACUUUUUGGUCUACCUCUUAAGUCGUUAGGUAAUGGUAAUCCCUUCCCCCUUUAUAUUAGCUCGCUUAGGUUUACGUGCACAACUCUGUGCCCUGGUGAACGCUAUGAAGCUUUCCCGUUUCUUCUUUGAAUAUAUUAUAUUACUACCAACUUUGAAAGCCCUAGACUCGAAAAAAAGUCCUGUGUGAAUAGGCACGGAGAUUGUUUGCGCAUAUGCAAACCGCAGGUGCAUGAUGCAAGCAAACAUACAACAAAAAAAAUGAUAUUUUCAAUCUUCAGGUAUAGAUAUAACGAAGACGAGAAGCAGAAACAGAGCGUGGGGGCGUAGGUUAGUGGGAAACAAAGCGCGGCUUGAAAGUGAAAGCGUAUGGGGCUUUCGAAGUCUCUUCGCCUUUUUCGCCGAGAUUGAGUUGUUGGUAGGUUUCUUCUAGCGAACGUAAGGUUGAUCAAUGCAGAACAGGAAAUGACGAUACUGUUUGUAUAUUGUAAAAAAAAGAAUAUAAUACAUAGUGCUUGGAAACAGGA